AUGGUGGGCGGAAAGUGUAAAUCACUUCAAACAAACUCCACUGGAAAUCAUUUAAGGUUAGCCAUACGUCCCGCGUCGUGCACCCCAUGGGGAAAGCUUGAGAAACCCGGGUGUUCGCCGGCGGUCCCACUGCCGGGGAACCAGGCUCAGCCGGCCUGCCUGCUGCCUAGGGCGCGGCAGACCGGUGAGGGCGGCGGGCUCCGUCGGAAGACUGAUGGGUCGUCUCGAUCUCACUCUGUGAGGAGGAGGAUGUGCGGGCAGGCCAUGCGCUCCCGCGGUACAGCAGAGGCCGGGUCGGAGCUAGCUGGGAUAAGCUCCAGCAGACCAGCUACCCUUGUGAAGAUAAGUGGCUUGGACAUUGACCCAUUGGUGUGUGUCCCUUGGCCACCAGGAGGAGGUUCGUCACGCAAGCACAGUACUCCCCACUGGUGUCUGCAGAACAUCGCGCAAGAAUCUGUGGACAGCUCCGAUGAAGAGUUUUUCGACGCUCGAGCAGAUGUGAUGGAGGGGAAAAGUGCCAUGCUCCUGGGCAUGAGUCAGUGGAACUCCAAUGACCUGGUGGAGCAGAUUGAAACACUGGGACACAUGGACCCGUCACAUGAGGGUCUAUACCAGCUGAGCGAUCCACGCUGUGCCCCUCAAAGCAGUAUUGAAGGACUUGAAGACGGAGAGAAUUCCAAAUGUCGGACGCACGUGCUGCUGCUGGUGGUGCAUGGGGGCAACAUCCUGGACACAGUGGGCGGUGAUCCCAGUGCUAAGGCGGGUGACGUGGCCACCCUGGCUUCUGUGCUGGACAAAGUGACACGGGCGCAUUUCCAGGCCGCCACCGAGCACGUGAUGAUCAAAUUGGUGCCGUGCCCGCCCGUGUGUGCCGAAGCCUUCUCGCUGGUGUCAAAUCUGAAUCCGUACAGCUAUGACGAGAGCUGUGUUUCAAGCAGCGUGGACCACCUGCCGCUGGCCGCCCUCCCACUGCUCGCCAUCGUGUCGCCACGCUACCAGGAUGCUGUCGCGACCGUCAUUGCCCGCGCUAACCAGGUGUACCGCAGCUUUCUGCAGUCCGAUGAUGGGCAGGGCUUCUCGGGAAAGGUGUGCCUAAUGGGAGACUGUGUGGGCGGCGUGUUAUGUUUUGAUGCAUUGUGCUUCAGCAAUCAGCAAAGACCCGGCAGCCCGAACAACACCAGUGGCAGCAGGAACAAUAGCACUGAAAGUCUCAAGGGAAACUCAGGACUUCUUGGUGAGUCCAGUUCUGGUCUGACCUCCAGCAAAAGGCUAAGUAAGAGCAACAUUGACAUCUCAGCCCCAAACGAAGGGCGCUGUCCAGGGGCACCGCCCCUUAGUCGCAAGCAGAGCGACUCGUACGAUGGUGACACGUCUUCUACCGGCCAGCAUGUCUUCUUCUCCAGCCUGAUGAAGGAAAGCGUGGAGGUGCGCACUAGCAGCAACAGCAGCCCCGGUCUUCUGAUCAAUCCCGGACACUUUGACUUUGACGUGUCGGAUUGCUUUCUAUUGGGUUGUCCACUGGGUCUGGUGCUUGCCAUGCGUCGCACUGUGCUGCCUGCUGUCCAGGUGCAUCAGCUCCACCCGGCCUGCGCGCAGAUCUUCAACCUUUUCUUCCCAUCAGACCCUUCAGCCUCCAGGCUGGAGCCUCUGCUGCAGCCCCUCUUUCACAAGCUCCCCCCUUUUGCCGUGCCACGCUACCAACGCUACCCUCUGGGCGACGGACGCUCCUUGGUCAUAGGCGAAAGCAUCCAGGGCCAUCCCGAUGUCUUUCUGGAGGGCGAGCAGACCCCUGCGGCUCCCCAGUGUUCUCCUGAAAAAGGACGGCGGCGGGCCAGCAUGACAAGCGUGGAUAGCCGAAUGUCCAUUGGUUCCAUCAGCCAUCAGCUUGGCGACGCCAUCGCAAACAUUUCCAGUAGCUGGUGGGGCUCUAAGAGGCUGGACUAUUCCCUCUACUGCCCCGACGUGUUGACCGCCUUCCCCACGGUGGCGUUGCCGCACCUUUUUCACGCCUCCUACUGGGAGUCCACUGAUGUCGCCGCUUUUGUCCUUCGACAGCUCAUGCGGUGUGACUUUGUGAAGACACAGGAAGCAGACAAUCUGGACUCGGCCCCUUUUUCGCCCUCCAGCCCGCGAGAAAAGUGGUUGCGACGGAGGACGCAUGUCAAGCUGAGGAACGUGACCGCCAACCACCGGGUGAAUGACGUUAUCGCCACGGAAGAUGGACCACAGACACUGGUCGGCCGCUUCAUGUACGGACCCCUGGACAUGGUGACGCUAACUGGGGAAAAGGUGGACAUUUUGCUGAUGACUCAACCCCAGUCAGGCCGCUGGGUGCACUUUGACACCGAGGUUACAAACAGCAACGGCCGGGUGACGUACACCAUUCCCGACGACAAGAAGCUCAGCCUUGGCGUAUAUCCCAUUAAAAUGGUGGUCAAGGGUGAUCAAACGUCGGCCGAGGCCUACCUGACAGUGUUACCUCGCGGCAUGGAGUGCGUGGUCUUUAGCAUCGAUGGCUCCUUCGCAGCCAGUGUUUCUAUCAUGGGCAGUGACCCUAAGGUCCGCCCCGGAGCCGUGGAUGUCGUCAGGCACUGGCAGGACUUGGGCUACCUGAUUAUCUAUAUCACGGGUCGCCCUGACAUGCAGAAACAGCGCGUGGUAUCCUGGCUGUCGCAGCAUAAUUUUCCUCAUGGCAUGAUCUUCUUCUCUGAAGGUUUAGUUCACGACCCACUACGACAGAAGACUAUCUUCCUCAGGAAUCUCAUACAGGAGUGUCACAUCAAGAUCAACUCUGCUUAUGGAUCCAUGAAGGACAUCUCUGUUUACAACAUGCUUGGUCUUGGGCCCUCGCAGAUUCAUAUAGUGGGAAGACCGUCAAAGAAGUACCAGAACCAGUGUCAGUUCUUAAGUGAAGGCUACGCUGCGCACCUCUCCUCCCUCCAGUUUGGCCACAGAGCUCGACCCAAAAAGUCACCCUCGGUUCGUAUGGUCCUCAGGAAAGGCUCCUUCGGGCUCACUGCCAAACCGGACUUCCUGUGCAAGCGGACCCACCUGCGCAGGACCAUGUCUGUCCAGCAGCCUGACCCACCCUGCACGGCCAACCCUAAGCCCGAGCGGGCCCAGAGCCAGCCCGAGUCAGACAAGGACCACGGAGGGGGAGGCGGGCAAGGCGUGUGGGGCCGGGGCGUGAUGCAUCGAGGGGAUACCACUCCCUGA